AUGGACUUGAUCUUCUUGCUGUUUCAUUUUCUCUUCAAACUCGUGAACUUCAAAAAGGAUCAACAAGAACGUGUCGUUGAAGUGUGGCUGUUUUUUGAUCAUGUUGGUUCCCACAGUGGCAAGGCAAGCAGCCGAGGCCUUCCCAUUGCUUUGGCUCUUAAACUACUGUGGCUGGAGCCAAGCCAGCCUGUCCGUCUGAUCCGGCCCUUCUGGACCGAAAGUGGCCUCCCCACGCUGAACAGCCUUGCUCAAGUGCAAGUAGUAUCAAACAGUUGCAAAACGACCGCCACCUUGGGUGAUCUCUCCUUCUUGCAUGAUUUUGGUGUCCAGUCGGGUGGGGCCCUGAAGAAUCCUUAA